UAAUGGGAGCGGAAGUAGGUGCUAUUUCUCUUUUCCGGCGGCCAUAGAGGACUGUGCAGCUGGUCACCAUGAAGUUCAGUCGGUUUGUUACCUCAGACCGCAGCAAGAACCGUAAAAGGCACUUCAAUGCCCCCUCUCAUGUGCGCAGGAAGAUCAUGUCCUCUCCGCUGUCUAAGGAGCUGAGGCAGAAGUACAACGCCCGCUCCAUGCCCAUCCGCAAGGACGAUGAAGUCCAGGUGGUUCGUGGGCACUACAAAGGCCAGCAAAUUGGUAAAGUUGUCCAGGUGUACAGAAAGAAAUACGUGAUCUACAUUGAACGCGUGCAGCGCGAGAAGGCCAACGGCACCACUGUUCAUGUUGGCAUUCACCCCAGCAAGGUGGUGAUCACCAGACUAAAGCUCGACAAAGAUCGCAAGAAGAUCUUGGAACGCAAGGCGAAGUCUCGCCAAGUUGGCAAAGAGAAGGGCAAAUACAAGGAAGAAACCUUAGAGAAAAUGCAGGAGUAACUUUAUCAAUAAAAAAAAAACUGUUCAGUUUCUA